CGGUGCGCAGACAUCAGAGCGCAGAGGAACAGAGGAACGGCUUCGCGUGGCACGUCUGUUUUCUCUGCGGUUGCCGCCUUAAUCAGAACCAAUUCGCACGAACCUCUCGUAUUUUAAGAAAUAGUCAAUAUCUGCUCGGUUGGUAGAGCGAUCUCAUCGUCUGAAGCAGGAGACAGAACAGAAUGAAGAGAGAUCGCUGGAGAGUGUACAAGAGGGUGUGUGCCAUGUUCUUCCUGGCUGUGGUGGCGCUCACCGUUGUCCAGAGGGGCAGCGUCAACAUGGGGACUCCAUUUGAGUUGGAGCGGCUGGCACGUAUCCACGCUUCUCAGGCAGAUGGACCCAGAGCCCUUCCAGAGGAGGGACCUGACUUGCACCUGGAGUUAAAGAGCUUCUGGAAGGCUGGCAGGCAGAAGCCAAAGGUCAAAGCCUGGGCUACCACACAGGAGUCCGGAGUUACCGACAACACCAGCCCCGGUAACUGGGACGUGACCAGCUCCAACUGCACCGCCAACCUCAACCUGUCAAGCCAGGCUUGGUUCAGGGCGCUUGAGGACAACUUCCAGCAGUUCAUGCUUUAUCGCCACUGCCAUUUUUUCCCUAUGAUUCUCAACCACCCAGAGAAGUGCACAGGGGACAUAUAUUUGCUCAUGGUGAUUAAAUCAGUGGCCACCCAGCAUGACCGCAGAGAAGUAAUCCGAAAAACCUGGGGUAAGGAGCAGGUGGUCAACGGGAAGAGGAUAAAAACCUUGUUCCUGCUUGGUACGCCUUCUAAUGUUGAAGAAAGAGCUAAUCAUCAAAAACUUGUAGAGUAUGAAAACUAUAUCUAUGGAGAUCUUCUUCAGUGGGACUUCUUAGACAGUUUCUUCAAUCUGACACUUAAAGAGACUCAUUUUCUCAAGUGGUUCCACACCUACUGCCCCAAAGUACAGUAUGUCUUCAAGGGGGACGAUGACGUCUUUGUAAGUGUGGAGAACAUUUUGGAGUUCCUAGAAGGCAGCAGCCAUGAUAAGAACCUUUUGGUAGGGGAUGUGAUUUUCAAGGCUAAGCCCAUUCGUAAGAAGGAGAACAAAUAUUACAUCCCUCAUGCUCUUUAUAAUAAAACCUACUAUCCUCCAUAUGCUGGAGGCGGGGGGUUUCUCAUGCAUGGGAUGCUUGCGAGGAGGCUUCACUGGGCCGCAGAGACCCUUGAGAUCUACCCCAUUGACGAUGUAUUCUUGGGUAUGUGCCUGGAAGCGCUGCAGGUCACGCCCGUAAAACACAAUGCCUUCAAGACAUUUGGCUUAGUGAAAAACAAAAACAGUAAAAUGAACCGGGAGCCCUGUUUCUUCAAAAACAUGAUAGUGGUGCACAAGCUCCUCCCGUCGGACCUCAUGCGCAUGUGGCAUCUGGUCAACAGCGAACUGAACUGCUCGAAGAAAGUGGAACUCCUAUAGCUCCGGGAGAGUUAAAGCCAAAACCCGUAGCUGAACUUUACCACAGAGAGCACCAAAGGAAAAUGCUGCCAAAUGCAGCAAGCAACAAAGCAAACUUCCACAUUUAAACUCUCCUUUAUGACUCUUUGGAGAGAGUCAAAGAACGUUUUUAAUUUGUCAAGUAAAUUAUUGCAAUUUUUAAAGGUUUGUGAACAAUUGUGGGUUUUAUAUGUGUGUACUGAGAACUCUAUUAGAAUUCAAAUUCACAGACAGUAUCUAUCACAAUCACAUUUUUAUUCUGAUAAUAUGCAGCUGCGGGCUCUGCUGCAAAUGUUCAAAAUGGUCUCACUGUGCCACAAGCAAUGAUAGAUGACAUGAGCACAUUUCAGCAACAACACAAAGUUCAAAGUGCUUUAAAUGGCAAAGCAAAAUGCCACGAGCAAUGCAACAAAAUAAAGUGAAGUAAAAAGUUGCAGUGCAGGCUAGAAUUAAUUUGCAUUCACUUAAUAAUCAGAGGCAACUAGCUUUGCUUUGCUUUAAAGCAACUUUGUUCAAAAAAACAGUAUAACUGCAUUUUGUAUAAGUGAAAGACCCAAGUGUUUCAUUUGAAAUCAAGGUUGCUUCUGCUCCAGCAUGUAGCUAGAUCUCCUAAACUGAAUUUUUUGGGUCAUAGAAGCUAAAUGCUGGAGUUUCAAAUGAACAAACAACUGCACUAAAACAACAAAACAGCUUGUUGACUUGCAUUAAUCAAUAGAACUACUUGGCAACAAUUAUGUUGUUAUAUGUUAUAAUACAGCUGGACUGGUUUAAUGGAAAGUUUUUAGUCAUUAUUAAAAGUUUUGUUUUGAUUCAUUUAAACCAGCUCAAAUGAAACCCAAACAAUAUUUAUUUGAAACGAAAAAGCUAAAACCAAUUUUAUAAAAUAAAAUAACAUUUUUUCUGUAGUGGUGCGUUUCAUUUGUUACAGAAAUUACAUCACACUUGAGUGUUUUCUAGUGGCAAGUUGGAAAACUGGUAGAAAUUAUUAGGUGGAUUGGUGCUAACUAUGGGCAACCUAAGACAAAGCUAUGCAUUUCUCUCCACUGAAAAUGUUCAAAUCAUAAAGGAAUUUGUUUAGAGAUAUGGAUUUUACAGUACUGAGUGAUCUGUUUGUGUCUCCUUAAACACAGUCUGAGUGGUUUAAAGAGAGACAAACUAUCAGAGUUGCUCAUAGAUUUUAAACUUGCAGGCUUGACAGAAAUGUAUCUGUGCUGCAGCCAUAUUUGUCAUAGAACUCUGGGUUAUGCAGCUACUUCCAACUUUUUUGAGUUGAAAUUAUGAUUUUCAUUGGGCAGACUUGUUUUUUUGCAACUGGGAACUCAGAAAAUCUAACUUCUGUGGACAAAAACAGCGUACCAUACGGGCAUACUUUGUGAUUUAUACUUUUGUCAGUCUUGUUAAAUGAAAACAAAUCAAACAUAAAAUUAAGAAAUGUGAAAGAACAAAUUAUGUAACAAACCUAAAUUCAAACAAAUAUGUCUCACUUAAGUUAGUGAACUGCAAGGUUGUUUUUGGUUGUACCUGAUUUAAAGCAAGAAAAAAUGCUUUGAUAUUUUCCACUUUCUCAAUUGCUAUGUUAUUUACCCUAAAUAAUAUUUAAAUUGGGCAUGGCUAUCCAAUUUAAAUAAUUGGAUAAUUAUUUAAAUUAUGCAAUUAUUAUUAUCUUUGAAUAAAUUCAAAGACUAUGCUUUGAAUAAAUGCAAUAUUGUGGAGAUCAUACUGAAAUCCUUUUUAAAACAUAAGUCAAAACAUUUAAACAUUGCUGAGCGCCUUAUGUAUGCUAUUCUGAAACUUCAAAAUUUCAGAAUUUUGAAACAAAUCAGUUAAACUGGAUAAACAUUAAAUUUGCUUUAAUUGGCUUUCAAAAAAUAAUAUUUGCAUGUGUUUGAUUUAGUAACAACUCGAAUAAAUUACUUAGUGAAGAGUCACAUUUAUGUUGCCAGACCAUAUUUUUUAGUUAGAUCUAUCAAAAAUGUGUUAUAGAUGGGGUUUUUUUUCAGUGUAUCACAUUGAGGCAUCAUUUUUCAAUAUCACUGGCCACUAUUAGAAAUGAUAGAAAAGCUAUGAUAACAUCUGAAUAACUUAAUACAUUUCACUUGUUGCUUUGUCUGAUUUAAUCUAGACAUCUACUGGAUACAUACAACUUAAAAAAAAAAAAAAAAACACAUCUUUAUACCUGUUUCACACAUUAAGUCUGUGGAUUUAAGUGCUGAUAUACUUGACAUAAAUUUAUGGGAGGUGACAAUAAUACUGUGAAUUUCAAACUCUUGCUGGUACGUUUGUAUGGCAUCUGUUGCCCCCCAGUAAAAGAAGGAGGCAAACAAAUGUUGGAGUUCUUGAAUUUAUUUAAAUGUAAUAAUGUAAACUUCUGUGAUUACAACCUCAAGAGGCAGGGGUGUAGUGGGUGGUGAUUAAGACUAAGUAAUGUAAAUGUAUGUAAUAUUGACACGUGUAUGUAUAUAUUUCUAUAUACGCACAUACAAUGUAUGGACCCAUGAUGAGAUCUGUAAAUAAACCUUUUCACAAUCUUAACAACCAAUCUGUCCAACAUUGGCUUUCUUUGUCUAUCAGCUCCUGAAAUAUCUGUACAAGUUCAGAUCAAAUCACCUAAUAAAAGGAGAUGAGUAUCA